UCUCUGGUCGGCGCUGUGUUGUUUUUGCCUGGAAACCUUUGAGCUUCCGGGGUUUUGUCGCUUGAGCCGUUGGGCUUCCCGGCUGUUCAAGCAUGUUGGAGCCGCCCUGUGCUCCCUCCUCCGAUGACCCUUCCGGAUCUGGCGACCCUCGACUCUAUCCUGCAGAUCUGUUAGGUGCUCGCUGUUUUUGGUUGGCUUGUAGAUUCGGUGGUGAUCCCCUCCAUCCGGUAGCUUUUAUCGGUGGCGGUGAACGCGAGGGAUCCCAGAUUUGGCAACCUCGCGACCCACCUGCUGCCUCCAGGGAUCGGCCUCCACCUGAUCAGGUCUUUGCAUCAGCAUCCUGGAGCCUGGCGCACCUUCCACAUGGAUAGAUUGAAAGGUGUCUCGUUUGGAUCACUCGACCGAAGGCCGCUAUAUAAUUGGGCCCUUAAUGGUUGUUUGAGUGUAAUGUACACCUCCCUUCGGCCUUUGGAUAUGGGUAUACUCUAGUUUCUUGCUCCUGAUGUAAUUUUAUUGUUUAUUUGUCCUAUAGAUGUCGUAUGGCGGUGUUUGAAAUGAUCCAAUUUCGUUAUGUUCAAAAAAAAAGUUGUGUGAUU